AGUAUGAAAAAUCAUCUGAAUCUUACCUAGAAACUACUCCCUUGAAACCCCCAGAUAUGAAAAUAUGUUUUCCAGAAACUACUGACCCCAGCCUUCCCAAAGACCUGCUUCAGCAGACCUGGAAUGGCCAGUCAACAAGCAGAAGUUCAGAGUUUGAAACUAGAUAACGAUUCGAUUAUAGAAGGAAUAAGUGACCAGGUACUGGUGGCUGUUGUGCUCAGUUUCACUUUCAUUGCUGCUCUGGUGUAUAUGCUCUUAAGAAAUGAGCACCAGAACAUUCAUCCAGACAACCAAGAGCUAGUGAGGGCACUUCGGCAGCAGCUUCAAACAGACCAGGAUGCAUCUGCUGGUGAUAGACAUCGUUUCUAUACUGACAUGUCCUGUCCAGUCUGUUUACAGCAGGCUACGUUUCCCAUUGAAACAAACUGUGGACAUCUUUUCUGUGGUGCCUGCAUUAUUGCAUACUGGAGAUAUGGCUCGUGGCUGGGUGCCAUCCGUUGCCCAAUCUGCAGACAAACGGUAACAUUGUUUUUACCACUCUUUGGUGAAGAUCAGCAGGAUGCAGCACAAGUGCUUCAAGAUGUUAACGAUUACAACCGGAGAUUCUCAGGACAGCCCAGAUCUAUUAUGGAAAGAAUUAUGGAUUUACCCACUUUACUGCGGCAUGCUUUCAGGGAGAUGUUUACUGUAGGGGGCCUUUUCUGGAUGUUCCGUAUCAGAAUAUUCCUCUGCCUGCUAGGAGCUCUGCUCUAUCUGGCUUCACCUCUGGAUUUUCUUCCUGAAGCCCUCUUCGGAAUUCUGGGAUUUUUAGAUGAUUUCUUUGUCAUCUUUCUGUUGCUAAUAUACAUCUCUAUCAUGUACCGAGAAGUGAUAACGCAGAGACUGAAUAGAUGAGUGGAAACAAUCAUGACACAGAUGUUUGUGUGGAAAGCUGAACAAAGGGACCCAUGACACAGUAUGACGUAGUAAAGCACCUAUAUAAACUUUCAGUUUUUGCAAUUAAAUAGCUUGUAGUCAAUUAUUUUAUGCAAAUGUGAGGGGUUAAAAUGUGGUGAUGCUUAACUGGAAUCUUUAAUUUGUGUGUUACAUACGCUUAAAUAUUGAAGAGGUUAGAUUUAUGAUGUAAUAAAUUACCUACAUCUGCUUACACCCAAUGAGCAAUUGUAUGUAAUGCAAGAUAAUGCUAGUUAUAAAACACCUCUUCGUGUGUAGUUUGUGAAAGGGAAGUUCUAUUUAAGUGAUGUCAGGACUUCAAACAAAAAAGAAUUCAGAUUAGCUUGACGCAUUAAGACACUUCAAUAUUUAGUUUAUCAAAUUGCAUAAUUCUCACUGUGGUGGGUCAAAGUAUUUUUAAAUAACAAUCGUUUUUCAUAUCCGUCUAUGCAAGAAGAAACCCCCAAAGACAGCAUUACAGUUGACAUAAUGAAUUUGACUGCUGGACACAAUUCAUAUUGCACAAAUAGAGGAAAAAACACUUCAGUAUUGCUUUAACUGCACUAUGUAUAAUGAUAUGUAUUUCCAAUGAUUUUACUUUUCAGUUUUGGGGAAAAAAGGCUUUCUAUUAGGGUCAAGAUGAAGAAACCAGGAAUAGUCAACACUUUGGUGACCGGCACUGAGUAAUAUUUUUUUACAUAGGUUUUGUGUACAUUAGCAGUAUUUGAAUGUCGGGUAAGUUGCACUGUUGUAAGCCCUACUUUAUAUACCCGUGCAACACAUUUAAAUGGGGGGUUUGCAUCAGGGCAGCUACAUCAAAGUAAUUUACCACUGCAAAAAAACCUUAGGUUUUUAGUAGCAAUUUGUUUAAAAGUGGGAAUCCAAAGUGUAUGUCAUAACUGGAUAAUUUUUACACUUAACAUUUUACCUGACUAUGGAUGAUAAUUAAAGUAUUUAGAUAAAACCAGUAACUAUUCUUUCUCACAGGUUUGUACCUAUAAGUUUAAAACAAAACAAAACAGUAACAUGGGGCCAUAGAAAUCUGCUAGAAAAUUAAAAAUCCGUAAGAUUUUUUUUUUACCCCAAAUGUUUGGAAUUUGUGGGUAUUUUUAACACCAGAUAUCACAAGCUACAAGGUGAAUGAUUUGAAAAUAUUUUCAUUUUAUGAAAUCAGUGCUGCUAGAAAACUCAAAAUCCUCAAGCCAUUCUGUGGGAAUUCAGUUCUGUCUAACUGGAGAAAAGAAAUACUUUUGAAGCAAAAUAGCAAACAUUCUAACUUUCUGAAUACUUGAAAAUAAAAUUAAUAGAAUAAGCGAUCCUUCGUAUGUUUACAUAAUGUGGGUGGGACAUAUUUUGAAAUGGCCUCCAUUAAUAUAGUGUCCAUUUUCUGAUCAUGCAAAUAUAUGUGCAUACAGUUUUGAGUGCUUAUACAUGUGUAGGAAGAGGAUGGGAUUUUUUCAUUGAAUGCUUUUGGUUAAUGGGUUUUGCAGAGUCUGUCAGUUUUGUGGUGUUGUAUCCGUGCUUAAAGUGCACAUCACUGGUUUUGCCUUUAUAAAUAUAAGAUGGGGUGGUGGUUGUUGUUUUCUUAAAUUUGCCCUUGAAUAUCCAAAGUCAUGUUAUGAUUUAACUGGAUUGUUGAACCUUUCUUCGGACAUAUUUUUUAUUUGAGAUGGGUGAAAAGAGAAAAUGGAGGUGAUAAAAACAAAAAAUUAAAAAAGAAAAAGACAUGGUAAUAAGUGUAUGCUACUGGCUUUGGCUGCCUUUAGUGUUUUUUAGCACCUCAUCUUUUCCCUUCAUUUUGUCAUCACUAAUAUACGAUGACAACUUGCUGGCUACCUCAGUUAAAUGUCAACAUGCCGAUACUACAGUAUGUGAAUCUUGCUUGAUAUUCAAGGAACUUAAAUCCUGCCUGUUAUAUGCACAUUUAAGAUGACAAAGCAAGAUAUUAUGGAGAGUCAGGUGCACAGAUCUGCACAUUGUUGCUGUUGGCAAAGCUCUCCAAGAGGUCCCACCUGCUCCUUUUAGCUGGUGGCAAUAUUGAAAAGAUGGUUGUAGGACUGAUAAAGUUAUCCUCGUACAUCGUUUGGGGCUUGGCCAUCAUGAGUCCUGUGGUCACAAAUAACUUCCUCUUUAUUUCUCAAGAGAACUGUACAGAUUAGUCAUUCUGGUAAGGGGAGUCCUUUCCUAACCUUGCUAUCCCAUUUCUUUGUUCUCCCACAGAUGUCUUCACAUUUUUGCCCGUGCCACUCUUUACAGCUGGAAUGCCCUCCCUCCUCUGAUCCACAAGACACUCCCUGAAUCUCCUCAUUCAAAGCCCUCCUUAGACCCACUUCUGCCAUGAUGCCUAUGCAAAAUUAGCCAACUAAGGAGUCUGUUCAUAAACACUCUCUUUAGUACGUGAGCUAAGCUGUCACUGAGUAAGUGCAUAAUCUUACUGAUGUUACUCUGUUUCCUCCCCUGCCCCUUCCUUUCUGUCUUGCCAGGCCAUGCCUAAUUUUAAGCUCUCUGGGGCCAAGGAUCCUGUCAUCUUUCUGAGUGGGAGGCACUCAGCUCACCUUUGGGUGCCAAUAGAAAUAAUACAGGCUUCGGUUCAGCAAAGCUCUUAAGGAUGUGUGUGUAAGUGCUUGGCUGAAUUGGGGCUGUCUAUCCUACCUGUAAAAACUAGGCCAGUUGAUGAUAUGCUAAACUCAUCAUGUAUUUGUAGUAUGGACAUUUUAAGUAUGUAGUUUGACUGACAGUUUUCAGCGCUCUGUAUGGUUAAGGAGGCGAGUGCUGUGCUCAGCUCCGUUAUACAGGAGCAGAGGAUGCGGCCAGUAUGCUGAAUUUGCUCAUUUACUUUGCAUCCAUUCGUUCCUGCAUAGAUAUCUUCCUUGUCAAGGAGAAAAUUCUUCACCAAACCACUGAUUAUCAGUAUUUAUGGAAAGAAUGACUGGAUCACGCUGCCCUUAUUUCAGAUGAUUCUGUUGUUGUGUGGCAAUGUGCGUAUAUAGAAGCAUAUGUAUUUUUCAUGCACUCAACGCUGUGGUAUCUGAGCACCUGUAUGGAUGCUUCUGUAAUUCUUCACAGUAAAUGUAAAUUGCACUUACAAAGCAAUGCUCAACAAUCCUCCUCCUUUGACUAGAUGCAGACCUGUGUUCCACUUAGGUGUGUGCAUGCCCAGUGCACAGGAACCAGAGACUUUUGCCUAGCAGUCCCGGUAGAGGGGUGGCUCCUCCUCUGGCGAUAUAAGAUGGUGUCAAUCUGAGACCCCUCAGUUCCUUCUCACUGCCAGUUGCUGGAGUCUUUGCUCCACUCCCUCUGUCUCCCUGUCCCUUUGGGUGUUGGCUGGUCCACUUUUACAAUGCUUGGGACUCAAUUACCUCCGACAGCUGAGUCUUAGAUACUAUCAGAUCGGGCAACACAAUCCAGUUCCUCUCCAUGCCCUGUUCCCACCUCUCUUUCCCCGUCCCGCCUCAGGGACCCGUCUCACAAGACACUGCUCACCAAGAUGGUCAGCUCUCUCUUGAAGUUGGGAGCGGUGGAGAAAGUUCCACAAGAACACUGAGGCGACAGCUUUGACUCCUGGUACUUCCUGAUUCCUAAAUCCCAGGGCAGGAUGAGACCCUUUCUUGACCUUUGUGGCCUCAACAAAUUCAUCAAGUACAUGAGAUUCCGCAUUGUCACUCUAUCGGCAAUCCUCCCCACGCUGUCUCAGAAUAACUGGUUUGCUGCUCUGGACCUUCAGGGCGCUUACUUUCAGGUGGUGAUUCUGCUGGGCCACAGGAAGAUUCUGCAUUUUGUGGUAGGAGAACACCACUUUCAGUAUAUGGUUCUCCCAUUCGGCCUCUCUUCUGCCCACUGAUCUUCACCAAAUGCAUGGCGAUGGUCUUGGCAUAUUUCAGGAAGAAGGGAAUCCACAUCUUCCUUUACCUCAACUGGUUGCUGAAGGGUGUCUCUGGAGAGGAGGUUCUCUACCACAUGGACACAGUGUUGCGUUUGCUCGACCGUCUGGGACUCAUUUUAAAUACUGCAAAGUCAACGUUGUCUCCCGCUCUGAAAAUCAAAUCCAUUGGGGCCCUGUUAGAUUCCAUGAGGUCGAGGGCGUUCCCGACGACCGAUGGCUUCGAGGCAGCUCCACAGAUGUUCCUCAGUCUGCAAUCUCAGCCCUCCAUGACAGUCCGCGUGUGUCUGAGCCUGUUGAGCCACAUGUCCGCUUGCACGCAGGUGGUCCACUUCGCCAGGUUGCGCCUUCUCACUCUUCUAAUGUGGUUCAGAACAGCAUACCGCCUUGAAUUCUCUGGACAGGGUGGUUCACCUUUCUUCACCAGUCCUAGAUGCCUUGUGCUAAUGGGAGUCCCCACACAGUGUGUGCCAAGGAAUCCCCUUCGCUCAGCCCUCUCGGACCAAGUCAGUGGUUACUGACACUUCCCUUCUGGGUUGGAGGGCACAUCUGGACUUGUUGAGGGUGCAGAGCCUGUGGUUGGAACAGGAAGCCUCACUCUAUAUCAAUGAGUUGGAACUUCAGGCCAUCCACAGUGCAUGUCAUGCCUUCCAAGACUGCAUCCAGACAGUCAGUGUUUCACAUACUCACCGGCAAUACCACCACAGUGUACUCUGUGAACAAGCCAGGAGGAGCACAUUCUAGGUUACUCUUCCUGGAGGUGAUCAACCUAUGUUAAUUUUGCAUCAAAGACGACAUCACCCCCGUAGCAGUCCAUUUACUGGGUAUGCAAAAUCGUCUCAUGGACCAGCUCAGCAGAGUUUUCUCCCAGAGCCACAAGUGGUCCCUGAAGGGGAGUGUUCUCUGGGUCAUCUUUGCAACAUGGGGCAUCCCUGCAAUUAACCUGUUUGCAAUGAGGGAGAACAGGAAAUGUCAACUAUUCUGCUCUUGAGAGGGCCUUAGCCUGAGAUCCCUCUCCAGCACCUUCCACUGCACCUGGCAGUUGACUCUUCUGUAUUCCGGUCAUUCCACGAGUCAUCCUCAAGCUCAAAGUGGAUCGAGCCAAGUGCAUCCUCGUUGCUCCUGCGAGACACUGCUGGUUCUCAGAUCUCCUUGCUCUGUCAAUUCAACCUCCCAUUUCACUUCCUCUCCAUCCCGACCUGCCCAUGCAGAGCCACAGCCCAACCUUCCAUCCUGCAAUCAGUUCCCCGCACCUCACCGCAUGGCUGCUGCAUGGCUGAAUGACGAGGAAGAGUGGUGCUCAGAGGCUGUCCAACAAGUCGUACUCAGCAGUCAGAAGUUCUCCACUAGGACGAUCUACUUAGCAAAAUGGAAGAGGUUCGAUCUGGUCCAUGGCCCGCGGGACCCAACCAACAGAGGCUUCCAUCCAGGACAUCUUGGAGUUACCUGCAACAUCUUCAGAAAUCGGGCCUUGUGCUCAGUUCACUGAGAGCGCAUUUGGCAGCGAUAUCAGGUUCCAUCCCCUGAUUCGAGGGAAGGUCAUUUUUCCCACUGCCACGGUGAUGAGAUUUCUGAAGGGGCAUCUCCCCUUACAUCCUCCAGUCUGAGAACCGGUUCCCUGGUGGGACCUGAACUCGGUUGUGACAGCUCUGAUGGGCCCUCCGUUUGAGCCCCGUGCGUCCUGUCUGCUGCCUCUCCUGUCUCGGAAAACAGCGUGCUUGAUAGCCAUCGCUUCAGCAAGAAGGAUGUGAGAGUUGCAGGCCCUAAUGGCUGAGCUGUCUUACGCUCAGUUCUCCAAAGACGAGGUAACGCUGUGACCACACACACCGUUUUUAUUCAAGGGGGUCUCUCUGGUUUAUCUAAAUCAGGCAGUGUAUUUUCCUGUUUUUUUCCCCUCAACUGCUCUUCCCUGGAAGAACACUGCAUCUACACUCUGGCUGUCUGGCGAUGUCUAGCCUUUUUCUAGACAGGACUAAACCGUUACAUGCUUCACGUCGCCUGUUCAGGUCAUAUGGGCUGCAUGAAGGGGCAGUCGUCUCUGCAAAGACCAUCUCUAGAGGGGCAAUACCCCGUGUCAAGACUGCGUAUGAGAGAGCUUCGGUUACACACACACACACACACACACACACAGCGGAUACGGGCUCACUCCAUGAGAGUGCAAGUGACUUCAGAAGUGUUCCUCGGGGACAUUUCCAUACUGGAUAUUUGCAGGGCUGCCACGUGGUCAUCCAUACCUAUGUUUAGGGACCACUAUGCUAUUAUCGCCCCUUCCAGAGCAGAUGCAGGCCUUGGAAAGAUGGUCCUGCAGUCCCUAUUGCAAUAGACUCUAGCCCCACCUCCGGAUUGGGGUACUGCUUGCGAGUCACCGAAGUGGAAUAUACACGGCUGCAUCUACUCGAAGAAGAAACGGUUACUGACUGUAACUGUGGUUCCUCGACAUGUGAUGCAGACAUGUAUUCCACAGCCCACCCUCCCUCAGCAUCACAGUCUCCUCUCAGGGGCUUCCAGACCAAAGGAACUGAGGGGGUCAAGGUGCCACCACCUCAUAUAGCCAGGGGAGGGGCCACCGCCAUGAACCACAAGUACUGCCCCUCUACAGGCAAUGAUAGACAAGUCUCUGAUUCCGGUGCACCGGGCACGCACCCCUAGUGGAAUAUAUGUCUGCAUCUCAAUUUGAAGAGACACCAUUACAGGUUUUUUUUUUUUCCAGAACAACCACCAGUAGCCCAUCAGUAGAGGGGAGUCUUUCUGUGAAGGACACCAGCAUGAACAGAGCCCUCACCCCCAAAGAAAGGGAUGCACUGUUAACAUUAUUCAUAGGGAUUUUUCUCCCAAAAAGUCCUGGGCCCACGUAGUCUACAUAAAAAUCUGAAAGACCGACAGCAGCAAAGCGCCAAUGGAAAAAAUGACACGCCCUGAAAGAUUUUCAUAGCUUUCCAAUCAGCCAUGAACAUUAACAAGGGAACAGCCAAAACAGUAUGUCCUAGCUCCCAUAAAAUAUCCUGCAGCAUCCCCAGGCCUCACAAUGACCCUUAUCACAAGGACUGUAUGGAAUUGCCUGUUGCUGAGUUGGUUGUGACUUGCAGGAUUGAUGUCAUUGGUAACAAGGGACGGGACUAGAAGUUGGGAUAAGAUUAUUGCCAAAGGUCUCCCAACAGCUGUUGGUGGCUAGGGUCUGCAUGCUGCACUAGAUAAAGCCUCUAAAGCAAAAACAAUUCUAAGCUGUCUGUUUUUUACUGAUAAUAAAUCACUGUUAAAACAAGA